CACCCUGACCUUAGGUAUCACAGCCUGAUAGAGAAGGGCUUUCCAAAUAUUAACAAAGAAGAUUUGUUAUUAGAGAAAUAUCAAUCACCUGCUAAGAUGUUUUGCGGACUUUGCAGACGAAAGAAGAUUGAAUGUGAAGAUGAUGAGGAAGUUGGAGACAAGCAGUUCUCCAGCCCACAGUGGAGAGUCAUUGUUCAGGAGGACAACCAUGUUUCAGCUCUUCCUGGGGCUCCGGAGGAAAAAGCCAAGGAGGCUUCCUGGCGUAGGUUGUUCCAUCGUAAGAAGAAAACCAAGCAGCAGACUGCCGUAAAGGAAGAUGUGUCAGAAGCCACAAACCUGCCAUCUUCUGCCACAGAAAAGACUGUCAACACCACCGAGGAACCCGUAGCAGAAGCUGAUGCCCAGGAAGCUUCAGCCAUCCCUGACACUCCACUCCCAGCUGCAGCUGAGGGUGAGGUGAAGAAUACGGAUGUGGCUGAAAAUCCCGAACUGCCCUCUUCUGCCACAGAAAAGAGUGUCAACACCACCGAGGAGCCUGGAGAAGAAGCUGUCCAGGAAGGUGUACCUGCCCCUGACACUCCAGUCCCAGCUGCAGCUGAGGAUGAAGAUCUGGCAGCUUCUUCUUCAGAAACAAUUGUCAACACCACCGAGGAGUCCGAAGGAGAAGCUGAUGUCCAGGAAGCUUUAACCAUCCCUGACACUUUAGUCCCAGCUCCAGCUGAGAAUGAGGUGAAGGUUAAAGAUGAGGAAGAAAGCCCAGAACUGCCCUCUUCUGCCACAGAAAACAGUGUCAACACCACCGAGGAGUCCGAGGGAGAAGCUGAUGUCCAGGAAGCUUUAACCAUCACUGACACUUUAGUCUCAGCUACAGCUGAGAAUGAGGUGACGGUACAAGAUGAGGCAGAAAGCCCAGAACUGCCCUCUUCUGCCACAGAAAACAGUGUCAACACCACUGAGGAGCCUGGAGAAGAAGCUGUCCAGGAAGGUGUACCUGCCCCUGACACUCCAGUCCCAGCUGCAGCUGAGGAUGAAGAUCUGGCAGCUUCUUCUUCAGAAACAAUUGUCAACACCACCGAGGAGUCCGAGGGAGAAGCUGAUGUCCAGGAAGCUUCAGCCAUCACUGAAACUUUAGUCCCAGCUCCAGCUGAGAAUGAGGUGAAGGUUAAAGAUGAGGAAGAAAGCCCAGAACUGCCCUCUUCUGCCACAGAAAACAGUGUCAGCACCACCAAGGAGCCUGAGGAGGCUUCACCCACCCGUGACACUGGAAAAACAGCAGCUAGAAAGAAGAAAGUAGAGGCGCAUCAUUGGCUCAAAUUUUGGCAAAAGAAACAGAAGGUCCAGUGUCCUACCUCCCCAAGAGUUUGUGGUGGGAGACUAAAGAUCAAACCCAUCACCGACAAUCUGGGGACGAAUUUAGGCAGAACACUCCGAAACAUCCCCAAAGGAAAGCUGUACAAAGAUGAGCUUGUUGCCCUAGGAUUACCCAACCUGGCGCAGACAUGCUACAUGAACUCCACUCUGCAAAGCCUCCUGACGAUAACAGAUUUUAUUCAGGAUAUCUGCAACCAGGAGAGUGUGUGGAGUUCUCUCCCCAACUCGGAGCUCCUUGGAGGAUUUGUAAAAGUCAAACUCUCCAGGUGCACUAGCAGCAAGGCAGUGAAAAAACAAGCACUGACUGCCUUUAAAAGGACUAUUGCUGUGUUCAACUCAGAGUUUGAGGAUAACAGACAGAAAGACGCCCAUGAGUUCCUCAGCUGUGUUCUGAAUCAGCUGAGGUGUGUGUCCGCCGACCUGCAGGCAGAAGCAUUUAAAAAGGCCUGCAGUUACACCUGCCCUGUUGAGGCUAACAUCACCUUCCAGAUGUUGAGCACCAAGACCUGCAAUGGAUGUGGUAUGCAGUCUACCCGCGAGGAGGACUACAUCACCCUGUCACUGGACCUGGUGCCUGGAGGCACAGUUAGCCAGUGUCUGCAGGAGUACUUAAAAGAGAAUCAGCUGGAGUAUCGAUGUGAGUGUGGUGCUGAGACGUCAUCGCUGCAGAGGUCAUUCUUGACGCUGCCAAAUGCACUGAUCAUCCAGCUGAAGAGGUUUAAUUACACCGAAUGCCUAAAUCUGGAGAAGAUCAACAGCCCCAUCACUUUAUCAAGGCAGCUAGUGCUGAAUACUGAGUCCAGCGCCAGUGAACAGACACCGUCUUGCUACUCCUUAAUGAGCGUUGUCAGCCAUUUGGGUUACUCAGCUCACUUUGGCCAUUACAUCUGUGACGGAGCCCACAGGGAUGAGGAACCCCAGGACAUGUCUGACAACUGGCUAACAUACAAUGACAAGGACGUCAGUGAGACAACCGGCACUUAUAUAUGUCACCAGCGGCAGCGAACAGCAUACCUGCUGUUCUACAUGAAACCUGUAAGAGAACACUUCUGUCUAUAGACUGUACAUCAAACCAACAAAGAAUCAGUAGAAGAGAAGAAGAGGAGAGGACCGGAGAAGAAGACGAGAGGACAGGACAGAAGAAGAAAAAGGGGCAGGAUAAGAAGACGUUUUUUGGUUUUCAAAGUUUCUUCAGACCAUUAUCGAAUAAGAUGCAUAAUCACAGAAAUUUAACAUACAUAAAACAAGACAAAGAAAACAAACUGAAAAAAAAUAAGAAGCCAAAUACUAUCAAUACAAACUGUGCUUUUUCCUAUCAGCGACGAGACGAGAGGAGAGGAGAGGAGAAGAAGAGGAGAGAAGAGCACAACACCCCCGGACCAGCCAGCAAAUUUGGAGUUGCUCGGCCUAUGACAUCGGCUUGGGGUCCUGCCUUUAAACAUUUUUUAAAAGAAACCUGCCUAAAUUAGUGAAACACUUUAUCCACACUCUUGCCACAGCAUGCUGUGACAGGAUGUUGUGGCAAGAAUGUGUGGCUAAAUGUGUGGUUAGCUGUUACUAACCUAGCGCUGGGGAGUCAUUCCCCGGAGUCCUUAUGUUCUUUUUUCCCCAGCAUGUUCCCUUGGAUCAGAGAGGCUCCAAAAUCAGGCUAGCAGCGGUCGCCUUGGUCCCGCUCCAUGUUCUGUGAUGCCAUGUUCAACUGCUACACUGCAGUGCCCUGCUACGUCCAGCUACGUCCAGCUACGUCCAGCU